AUGGAGGCUCUGGACAAGGCUCGCUCUCUUGUUCUACUUCUCGCCACUCUUGCCGCCGCCAUCAACUACACAGCGGGGUUAGACCCGCCAGGUGGGCUUUGGCAGGACAACACCGGCGGACACAUGGCCGGUGACCCCAUCCUUCUCACGACCAAUCCUAGGCGAUACAAGGCCUUCUUCUACUGCAACUCGGUUGCCUUCGUGGCCUCCUUGGCGGCCAUCGUCCUAGUCCAGAAGGAGAUUCUGGUCAAGCACCACGUGCUGGAGGCAGCCAUGCUACUCGACCUGUUUGGCCUCAUUGGCGUAUAUGCCGCCGGGAGCUGCCGGGACGUGAACACCUCCAUUAACGACAUGGCUUUGGCAGGCGCCGUCCUAGCCUAUGUGGUUAUCCAUGUCAUCUUCUUCACGCUGAACUACAAGGAAAAAGAAGAAGACGACCAAGCAAAUCAGUUGCUGGAGAAAAGGCGCAAACGGUUGCUCCUCUUCGCGAUCUUGGCUGCGACCAUUACCUACCAAGCCGGCCUCACCCCUCCUGGUGGCUUCCUGCUCCAGGAUGACAAGCUUGGGCACCACGCUGGCGAUCCGGUCCUCCUGUACAACUUCCCACGCCGCUACAAGAUUUUCUUCUACUUCAACUCGGCGAGCUUCAUGUUGUCCAUCUCCCUCAUCAUACUCCUGGUGAACCCCAAUCUGUACAGGCCAGCCAUACGAAGCAAUGCACUAUCUGUUUGUACGGCGGUGGGCUUGUUUUGUUUGAUGGGGGCCUAUGCCGCUGGAAGCACCCAACACCUCAAGACAUCCAUCUACAUCUUUGUGUUGGUCGGUGUGGUCCUUCUCGUUGUAGUUGGACUGCUGCUGGUAUUUUUGAAAGCCAGAAGCACGCGAGGUGCAAAUACCUGA